UACUUGAACUCGAGAGAUGAGUUUUUCAUUUCAUCUAUAUUUUAGAGAUUAUGUCGGAAUUUGAUUUCAAAGUAGCACGGGGUAGGCCUAGUACCCCGACUAAGGUGUCAUGGUUCGAAUUCCUACUGGAUCCAGAGCUCCUACAGAAGCAUCUAUCGCAGGAUAAUGCAGACCCGUCGGCGACAACCCUCAUCUGCCAGUUCCUCCACCAUGCCGAGUUCUCAGCCACUCAAGCCAGUCGUCCCCCUGUCGCUCCGGAACCCAUGCAAGAGGAUGGACAAGAACCACUACUGCCUGUCAGGGUUGAGAACAAGAAGGUCCAGGCCCUGAAAUUACUUGCUCUCAAGUCCGCGGCAUUCUUGAACUGGAAUUUGAACAGUCUUGACAAAAAUCUUCCUGCUGUGAUAGUAUUCAACAUCCUCGUUGAGAUGGUCCGUCUCACCCAGAGUGGCGACACGGUCAUAGAACCCAACGCCUUCCGUGGAUACUCAGUUGACGACAUCUCCGCCCUUCCUGAUCACAUCUUAUUUGCCAUACAACUCUACCACCGGUGGUGCAUCAGGGCAGUGAUUAAAGACAGCUAUCCUACCAAGCCUUCUCGCAUUAAUAUCACUGUUCCCGGUCUGACGGAUAUAAUAGUACCACAAGCAGCUAAUGAUGCCACAGUAAAGAUUGCUCGCGACCAAGCAGAAGACUCCGCCGAAGUGCUUGAGAAGUGUCUGCUGGUGAAGCGCGAUGUGAUGAUGCCCUCUAUGGCUAGCAUCGGCAGUCUGACCGAGGAAUCGGAGGUAUUGGAGAAUCAUUGGGACCAGGGAGUGAGGAUCGCCAGCAAAGAAUACUUAGCACAGCUAUCAUACGAAUUGGCCUGCUGGUAUUUCUACCGAGAAAAUUAUGAGAGAGCAAGUGAGCUGUUCAACAUGUCGAAUCAGUUGUCCACAGAGGUGCUUACUUCUACCUAUGUCAUGAUAGACCAGAAGAGAUUGAGGGGUUACCUGCAUGCUUGCAGCAGUCUCAAGGGCGUCUCCGAGGAAAGACAGCUGGUAUCACUACUGGAAAAGGCCGAGGCAUCCAAAAAUGAUAACUUUAAGAAUUUGGUGGAAAUCUUAGUCGAUGAUAACUCAAAGCGAGAACUGACAAUCUCUUAUAGGAACAGCUUGUUAGACGAUGUACAAAAACUAGCAAGAUCUGAUGAGUUAUAUUUCCAAGUUUAUACAUCCAACAUGAUUCGUAGUGUCCUCGAAGGGAGAGCCAUUCUGACGAGGUACACCUCUGAAAUGUUGGACCGACAACCUGAGCAAGUUCGGUUUAUCAUCAAGGUAGCAGAAGAGGCCAUCAAGUCAUGCUCUUACAGCCAAAGAUUGAACAUCAAGUGUUUUCUCAGGUACCUAUGUGAGGCACUUCCUCCAGAGAAGGGGUUUAUCAAUGCCAUGAUUGCAAGCCCACUCCAGUCAUACUUCAGUGCUGAAGAGUUAGAUGAUAUCAAUGAUAUUCUUGACGAGUACACUGCCAUGAGGGAGGUCACUUUUGAUUCAGAGUUCUCAAUGUGCAAUGACGAAAUGCCUGAAAAUGAAUUGGAGCGUCAGCUACUCCUGGUCUAUGAUCCUCCUGCUAUACGAGACCUCGUCUGCAAAAUAUCGAGAUCCGUCAGCCCACAGCAAAUCACCAAUCUUUGUACAAGGUGGCGAGUCUCGAGAGAAAUUAACCAGGGUCUGAUGAAUCUUCCCCCAGCAAGUAAAAAAGAGGACCCAGCCAUCGUCUACAUCAUGGUGGCCAAGGCUAAGCACUGUCUCGAUAUCAAGCUGUAUGAUCGAGCUCGUUUACUUCUUGGAGCAGCAGACGUACAAAUCAAAGACUUGUCUUACAAACUUUCCAAACUGAUACGAUACGAAAUAUUACACGUCGAUCUUUUACAAUUCCUUGAUCUCCGAACAUACGCCGAAGGAUCAUCACAUUCAGACGUGUUAAAACGGUGUAAAACAUGCAUAACAAGUUUACGCCUCGACUCCGAUAUUCAUCCUGGGAACGAGGUUAUCGGCCAUUCGGCAGCGUUUCUUUUGACGAUACAGGAUUGGGAAUAUCUGCGGAACCUUGCCAACACCAGAAAUGGCUACCUUGAGUUCAGUUGCCUUCUUGCCGACACGUGCAAGGAAUUGCCCAACAUAAAGAAUGCACGUCAACCUGGGAAGACCCUCUGGGAAGCAGUGAUCCAGAUCUUCACAGCGAGUUCUCAACAGAAGAGGAAUGCCGGUGGCAACAGUAACGUGUUCCAGCGUGAUGGUGGGGCGGGGCUCCUCUCGCGGGCCGAUCUGGUCACGUUCAUCCAAAAUAUCAAGGAACCAUUUGCGUUAUCAACAUUGAUAUCCCUCCUUGCCAAGCUCUACACAAUCCUAAAGGACAACAUCACCAGUGAGAUCUCCAACGAAUACCUUGGUCUCUGGCCCACCGUCCUCCUUGCCAGCUCGACAGAUAUCAAUGUUCAAGCAGUCUGUGACGCUCUGGCGAUCGUGCUCAAACAUUCCUUGUAUACUUUCCCGCAGAAUCAUGCGUGGUUGAGGACACAGGCUGACAUCUGCUUCGCUAACGCACAGUAUGGACCAGCUCUAAAGUUCUACUUAGAGGCCGGAGUAGUCUCUUCAGACUUCUUCACAACAGUGGUGCCUAUGAUUGUCUAUGAUGACCAAGUCUACAAGAAAAUGAUGCGAUGUUGCUCAAGUCUACAAUGUUUCACUCAGGUUGCCAUUCUGAGCCAGUUCCUUGAUGAAGUUGAUUACACGACCGCUUUCAAGGCCCUACAGGAGAAAAUCAGCUAUGAUGCAAUGGAUACCUACUACGACUGCAUUUGGGAUGGAACGAUCUUAGAAUUCCUCAUAUAUUUGCAUAAUAAGAAAGGAGAAGUGGACAAAAGGCAGAAAGCUGUACGCUGCCUAGGUCAGCUCGAGUUGAACAGCAAUAACAUUGAGAGCGUGCAACAUGAGGCCAGUAUGAUCAGGAAACAGAGGUUCUUGAGGGCAAUGGCGAAACAGUAUUUAUGAUGUGGAACUGAUUGGUGCGUGAAUAGACGAAGUUAGUGUUUUGGCAUGUUUUGGGAUGAAGGACUGUUUGGGAUCUUAUUCCGUUCGUACAGAACAUAAUCGUACAUAAUCUACAGAAUGUUUCUGGCUGAAAUGUCAGUGUCGCUUCAAGGAGAUAAUGAUGUACUAUAAAAGCACAUUGGUUAUUAGUGACUAAAGGGUUUAUUACCAGAAUUGUUAAAAGAAAAGCUUGUCGCCUUUGAAAUGAUUCUGUAUUUGUUUGUGGUAUUUGUCUUUCAAACUCAAUGAAAUACAAAUGAUUUUUGAUAUUUUAUGAAAAUCUCAAGUUUUGUGGAGAAGUUUGUUGUGCUAGAUAAGACAGUUUUCUAAGUGUAACUAAGUGUAACGUUGUGCAGGUCUAUGAAGAAAGGUUUCGUUGCAAGAUGCCAUUUUCUAAUAAAAGUUGCUAUAUUUGUACUUAA